UAUAGGUAUGUAUGAGGAGUAAUGCUUGUCGGUCCGGGAUAAUUCAAAAUAGUGUCACAUAAUAUUUGAUACGUUGACUGAGACGAUAAGUAUUAAUAUUAAUAAAUAACACAAAUACGUCAGUGAGAAGUAAUAUUACUGAAAACAGCAGUAGCGUGAUAAUUAAGAAAAAUUCUAAGGAUAAUAUGGAGGAAUCUUUGGAAGAAAAGAAAGAACGCUUGAAGAAGGAGAUUAAUGAACUUAAAGUUGUUAGCUCUAAUUUAGAAUAUGGUAUUGGCAUUACAAAGUUUGGUCAUGAUGACAAUAUCAAAACAGUUCACGAAUGUCUUAAAUACCUGAACAAAAAUGAGAAUAAUGUUCACGAUACGCAGGUCAAUUUACAGUAUACCUUGUAUAGUUAUGCUGGGAUACACUGUGUCAAAUUCACAGACAACUGUGUUGUAUUCAAAUUUGCAUCAUUUGGGGAAUACAAAAAAUGUGAUAAAUAUGCGGUUCAGAUAAUGAUUGAGGAUGAUAAAGCCAAAUUGGGACAUUGGAUAAUGCCCAAUUGGUUAGACAUACAUCAAGUUUUAUUAGAAACUCCAUUACAAAAUCCAAGAAAUAUUAUGUGUUUCAUAAGAAACUGCAAACAUCAUAUAUAUUGUUAUCAUCAUCGCAUGACUCACUUUAAUAAUUUAAAGUCUCUCACAAGUGAAAUGAUAAACUGCCAUAUAUGGACAAAUUUGAAUUACACCCAAAUCAAUUUAGAAUUGUUUGAAGUGCAAGAAAUGGAAUCUAGUACAUACCUUGAUUUGGUAUUGUAUUUAGAGUAUCAUUCUUGUGAAAUCAAGCCAUAUCGAGGUGUCAUUGAUUCACUGGGCACAAGAAAAUUUCCAGAGAGAAGAAUAAAAGCACUAACGUUAUAUUUAAAGUAUUUUAAACAUAUGAACUUGGAAGAAGCAUUUAAAAGUCUCAUUGAUGGUUCAGCUACCUCAUAUAUUUGGGUUCCAAAAAUUGAUAGUGAUAGUGCUUUGGAUUUAAAUGACAUCAGUGAUACAGAGAGUGAAACAUACAAAAACAUUCGAUCUUCACUAAAACGUAAACGACGACGAAUUCGGCCCAUAAAAAGGAAACAAUAUGAGAAACAAAAGUCACUACUGGAUAAAGUCACAGUUGAAGAUAAUCCUAUCUUAACUUUAGAAAACAAAAGGAAGAAGACUGAGAAAAUUUCUGGGACACCCAGCAGUGUAAAUAAAUUUGAAACGUCCAGGAACGUUAAAAGUAAAUUCAAACAAACUCAAUUAAAUUUUGAGGUGUCAAAGACUAAAAAACAGACUGCAGUAAGUGAUGAGACUGAUACUGAAUCUGAAAGGAGUAGAAGUACUACUCAAUCAAGCGCAAGUACAAAGAAACUACCUGUUUUUACCAGCACGCCUUCUCGAGGUAAGUCAAAGGAAUCUGCUUCCUUUAAAAUGUUGACGAAAUGGAAUAUUAGCGAUAUUAAAUCAAACUUGACACCUACUAAGAGUGAAACAAUACUAACAAGGAAAAAAAUAAAAUCUGGAAACUUAUCAAAGGGAUCAUUGAAGAAAAACUCAGCUCUAAAGAAAGAUAAAGCACAAGCUCAUACUAGUACGAGAGAAACAACUCCCAUAAAAUCCAAGAUUCCCAUUCUUGUUAAAUCGCCAGGUCAAAUAAAUAAAAAUAAGAAAAUACCAGGUUUAAGAGAGGGUGUACUUAAAGAUAGAGCAAAGAAUAAAAAUGCUCGAGCUGAACGAAAGAUAUAAAGAGGCAUAUCAGAAGAUAUUGCUUCAGGAUAAAGAACAAUUGAACAUAAAGUUAUAGACUUAGGUGAGCUGUCCUUACCCUUGGAUGCUAUCUCCUGAUUACACUUUAGUUAAUACCAGUUCUACGUAUUAAAUACAUUGGAUUUUGGUUCAGAGUUUCAAGAAAAUAUAUAGAUACAUAUUUUCUUAUUAUAUACUUAGUUUAGAUAGAUAUAUAUUUUUUGUCACACGGAAAUAUUUUUCCUAUUAGGUGUACAAAGUAGUGAGUGUAAGCAAUUGCCAGUGAUCCAAUAAAAUGCAGGUGUAAUAAAGUCGA